GAGAAGGAGCACACCUUCUGAACACAGGGGCUCACCCCUACUCCGACGUCGUCAACCUCAGCAUGAACACAGAGGAUCUUGUCUUCCAUGUACAAUAUGACGGGCCGCAGGUAAUUCAUAGCCUGGUGCCCUUCUUUCAGUCAGCAGGGGAUGCUCCCUUCAGUCAGCAGGGGCUCCUUCUCGAGGGAAACCCUUUGAAGCCCUCGGUGGUUUCGUCCCUGAUCGAGGCGGUGCCCAGGUCCAACCUGAAGACUCUUGGCCUGGACACUCAACAGGUGCGGGAGGCGGCCGCGGCUUCGCCUUCGGGCUUCGAAGAGCUGCCUGCAGCUGUUUCCGUUGGAACGGUAUUGCCAGUGCAGGGCUCCAGCCAGAUCAGCUUCAAGCUGACAAGGGCAUCGCAGCUUCGACGGCAGCCAGGGGUCAAAUCAGUGGCACAGCCUGGCGGGCCUGCUGACCCUGUGGCUCAGCCAGCGAAGCUGCUGAUCGUGGCUUUUGCAGCGUCGCAGGGCGAGCCCGAAUGGUUGGGAUUCCUCCGGCGCCUGCUCGAGAAAGGGAAGGUCACCCCGCUGCCACAAGCUUCCGCAGAUCUCUCUGAUCUACUGGAGGCAGAUGGCGCCGGUGACUUUGAUCGGAAAAUGUCGAUGUUCUGGACUGGGAGCCCUUGCAUUGCAUCGGAAGAUGAGCAACAGGAGGGUGAGGUUCAGGCUCUGCCACUUCCGGACUUCGAUGUGCUGACGGCGGUAGAUCAUCGCAUGCGCUGGUAUGCGGAAGAUCGUCCCGCCGUGGAAACCGUCUUGCGGGAAUUGCGGCCUCGCUACUCGAAAAUGCUUUGCGUCGGUGCCUCUAUGGGUGGUUUUGCUGCAGUGCUUCAUGGCGGGCUCAUCGCGGAUGGUGUGUUGGCACUGAACCCACAGGCAAACCUACCAGAGGCCUUGCUCAGGCCCCCGGCAGAGACACCGCGAGAUCUGCAGGAUCUCUCUGAAUCGCUCCUGGAUUCGGCAAAAGCAGCCGCAGCUCGUGGAGCACAAGUUACAGUGCACAGCGCAGCAGACGAGCAUUUGCUCCAUACACAAUCCUGGGAACCAAGCGGUUUCCGCAAUUCUCCGCCGCUUCGACGGAUGACGUUCGGCACUUCCUUUAGGCAGAAGUUUGAAAAGCAGUGGCAUUCGCUGCCACCCCCUCUCAAGGAGGGUGCGUACAAGACAGUGGAUGCUUUUCUGAAGCAUACCGGCAGUGAGAAGUCGAACACGCGAGUUCUUUUCAGAAAGCAUGCCAAAGGAAAGGAUAUGGAUGGAGAGCAUGUCCUUGAUCUUGCGGGUGCGAAGGCCCUGGUGUCCGAUUUGUCCAACGCGCUCAACAUCCAUCAGAACUUUUUCUAUGACCUAGAGACGCAGUUUUACCAGUUCGACUUCAAUGGCGAUGCACGCUUGAACCAAGAGGAAACCAUCUGCAUGGUGCGCAGCAUUCUCAAGCAGAGGCGGGCGACCGCCGGUGGCAAACCCGAGGAUGACGACCGGAUGGUCCCUUACAAGACGCCGAGAGAAGCAGGUUACUACGUGACCCGCGAACUCGGCCGCGGAGGUCAAGGGGUCAUGUACCUGGCGACCAAGAGCUCGAGUCGAGGUUUCUUCACCUGCAGGGACGGAGACGACAAGGAGUACUGCAUCAAGUUCUACUCGAAGAAGGACGGCAAUGCUGGAAGCAUUCAUGAGUUGGUGGACGAGUUUUCACGAAUGAACCUGUUCAGAAGUGAGUUCGUCGCCAAGACCUACGAGACCUUCCAGGAUUUGGACUUCUACUACCUGGUCAAUGAGCCAUACUUCGGUGGUGAUUGGACGAAGCUUGCCCACAAGGCCCACGCUCAGGGUAUCGAUAUGUCCGAGCAGUGGUGGCGCGGUCUCUUCCGGCAGUGCGUGAGUGGGCUGGACUACCUGCAUAGGUGUGCCCAGAUGCACUGCGACAUUAAGGAGCCGAACCUGAUGAUAAAGUCCGCCGCUGAUUAUUCAAGCCCGAAGGUGGUGUACAUCGAUUUCGGCUUGUCCCAGGCUUUUGCCAAGAAGCUCCAAAACAUUUGCGGCACGCCUGGUUACAUUCCGCCGGAGACGUGGAAGGAGUACGUCUGGUAUCCUCAAGGGGACAUUUUUAGCCUUGGAGUGGUCUUCUUCCAGAUGCUCUCCGGGCGUGUUCCUUCGUCCGAUGGCAACCAUAAAGGGAUUUUUCAAGAGGGCGCUGACUUGAAAGCAGUCGCCAAGCUCACCAUCGAUUCUCCGCCUCCAUGGGCAGAGUUUCCACAGCAGUGGCGACAGCUGGGUGGCAUUGUCGCGGCGAUGCUUCAGAAACAGCGAGCUCUGCGCCCGCGACCUGCUGCAUUGCUUGUGGACCCAUGGUUCCAGUCGGACACAGAUGCCCCGCUGCCCAAAGAAAACCUCGCCCGCUUAGUAGGCAAAUCCAGGGAAGCUGUGUGCAGGGACGACCUCAUCAACGAACUCUGCGAGCAGUGCAACCUCUGCGAUCUGAGGGCGCUCCGAGCCAGAUUAGAUGAGGUCGCCAGCUUUGGCAGCGGACUUCGAGGUGCGAGCUCAGCUGUACCGGCAGCCAAGUUUGCAGAAGUGGUACGUGGAUACGGCAUCAGUGCGGAAGUGUUGGACGAGUACAUGUCUUGCGUGCAGGGGCCGCUUGUCGUGUACAACAACCUUCUGCAAGAAGUUGUCAAGGAGAAGGAAAAGCGCAGCAUGCAGCUGGUCUCGGAGUUAUUCAACGAGAUGGACUUUGAUGGCAACGGAUACCUUUCUGAAAGCGAGAUUCGCGCUUUACUACAAAGCGACGCUUUCGAAUGCAGUUACGAAGAUGUGGACGAAGUCUUGGACAACAUGGAUUUCAACCACGAUGGCUAUGUGGACAUUGAAGAAAUGAAGCGUGCGAUCAUGGAGGAUGGCCGGAUUGCACGGAAGGACGAGGCCGAUGAGGGCGCAAAGCCGUUCUGGAAUUGGUUUGGAUUGUUCUGA